UGAUCAUAGCAACGGACGCCAUGGAAACUAAGCAUGACAUGGUCCUAGAGGUAACCGAAUCCAAAGGCCCAGAGAGAAGGCGACAGGGCAAGUUCCAGCCGUUCAGACGACUGUUUGGGAAGAAGAAGAAAAGACAGGCGAGAGGGGGCUUUGAUGGAGCAGAGCUAAAAACCAGUUUUUCCACAGGGGAAGUGUGCAAUGGCGUUACAUCUGAUGACGAGUCCGAUCAAAAUCUGAGGGAGUUGAAUCCCAUCGGAUCUCGAGCUCUCUCACACGACAGCAUCUUCAUUCCAGAGGAACCGGUGAAGGAGGCUGGUCUAGAUCACAGCAUGUCCCAGGAAAACGUGUCGGAUAAAGUUAGGAAUCUGCAGAGGCAGAUAGCACAAGGUAUAAAGUUUGGCCAAAGGCCUCCUUCUCUGAGAAGAAGUGAGGGAGAUGAGGGUAGCUCAGAUGAGGAAGAGGUUCCGCGUAGCCCUCUGAAAGUUUUGGCCCAGGUAGAAGCCGAGCCACUAAGAACAGAGCCAAAGCAGGUCCAGGGAGGUCAGCCAUUUGGACCACACAGCCCUCCUGUGAAGUCUCCAAGGUCCAAACGAGUUCUUCCACUCACCGGCACGAUUGAGUCCAUCAACCUUGAUGCCGUCCCUCAGUCUGUUCCUCGCUUAGACAACGCCGCCGCCAAACAUAAACUCUCCGUCAAGCCGAAAAACCAGAGGGUUUCCCGCAAGCACAGACGAUUCACACAGGACCUCCAAGAGGUAUCCAUUCCUGGUUUGGUCCAAGAUGACCUCGAAGCAGCUGGCGUCUCCACAGACGACCAGCGUAGAGCGUCUGUUGAGUCCCUUGAAAGCUUCAAGAAACAAAGACUCCAUGCGGAGGAAAGACAGGAGGCGAGGAGGAUGAGAGAGCUUGAGGAGCUGAGGUUCAGACAGGAGGAAGAAGAGAGGAAGAGGAGAGCAGAGGAGCUGAGGCUGCGUGAACUGGAGGAGGAGAGAUGUCGUAUGCAACAGCAGGAAGAGGAAGCAAGGAGGCUGCGCGAGGAAGCAGAGAAAAAGAGACUGGAGGAGGAGGAAAGGAGGAUCAGAGAAGAAGAGGAGGCAAGGAGGCUGCUAGAGGAGGCAGAGAAAAAGAGCCUGGAGGAGGAGGAAAGGAGGAUCAGAGAAGAAGAGGAGGCAAGGAGGCUGCUAGAGGAGGCAGAAAGAAAGAGAAUGGAAGAGGAAAAGAGGAUCAGAGAAGAGGAGGAGAGGAAGAUCAGAGAGGAGGAGGAAAGGCGGAUCAGAGAAGAAGAGGAAAGGAGGGUCAGAGAAGAAGAGGAAAGGAGGAUCAGGGAGGAGGAGGAAAGGAGGCAAGAGGAAGAGCGCAUGAGAAGGCUGGAGGAGGAAAGGAGGAUGCGAGAAGAGGAGGAGCGUCGACAGCAGGAAGAAGAGGAAGAAAGGAGACGACUAGAAGAACAAUGGAGGAAAGAGGAAGAGGACAGGAAGAGGCAAGAGGAGGAGGAAAGGAGGAAGCAUGAGGAAGAGGCAAGGAGGCAGCAGGAGCUUGAGGCUGAGAGGAGGAGGAAGCUGGUAGAAGAAGAGGAACAAAAGAAAGAGGAGGAAGCAGAGAAACUGAGGUUGUGGGAAAUGGAAGAAAAGAAAAAAAAGGUAGCAGAGGAGAAGAGGAAAAUGGAGGAAGAGGAGCAAAGAAGGAUGUCAUUGGAGGAGGCUGAUGGGAAGUUUGACCCACAAGAGAUGAAGAGGAGAGCUGAAGAGCUACGCUGGAGGGAGAUGGAGGAGAGACAGAGGCCAUUUUCUUUUAAAGUGUCCUCUGGUGAGAAACAGAUUCUCUUCCAGAAGGUCAAUCUGACGCCUGUUACACCAGCCUCCAGCCACCAGAGCGCUGCUGUCGCUUGUCAAAGAGAUGGAGCAAAGGCUUCCUCCUCUGAAGGACCAGACUCCCCCAACCUGCCAGCAUCUCCAUAUGUCCCCCAUACAGCCAUCCUAGUGACAGGCGCCCAGCUAUGUGGGACAGCUGUCAAUUUAGACCAGAUCAAAGACACCGCCUGCAAGUCCCUGCUGGGUUUGGGAGAGGAUAGAAAGGCCCAAGGAACACCGCCAACAAAGAGCAAGACUUCCCCAGAACGCAAGUCUGGAAAAACCAAAUCACUCAAUGAGUCUGCGCUCACUACCGAUCAGUCCAGUGCGGCCGUCCUGGCAGAAUGGGCGAGCAUCAGAUCAAAGAUAUUCAAGGGGGUAGAGGAGGGGAAGUACAGCGAGUACCCAGAGCCGAGCAGGAGCCAGUCUCAGUCCAGCGCUGAAGAACAGCCUGUGUUUGCCCACACUAACCUCAGGAAGACCAUGUCUGCUAGCGCCAAGUUCUCCAUCACCCCUGCAAGGAAGAAGUUUGGAGAUUCAAAUAGGAACUCUGAGGUGUUUGGUGCAGAAGAUAAAGAAGCAGGAGAUGAAGUUGCUCCACCUGGAAGCCCCACUGUAGCCUCUCCCUCUCCAUCAAGUAAACCUCAGAACAGGACAAGUAAAAGUGUCCGCAUCAUAGAAAGAGGGUCAGAUGAGUGUAUGUUUGCCAAAGACCUUCCUUCUUUCCUGGUUCCCAGUUCUGAAAUUCAGUCUGAAGAGGCAGAGUUGAAGAGCAGAGUUCAGAGUGAAACAGAGGCAUCUGAAAGCAGAGUGGAGGGAGAGGAGCAGGGCCAGGACAGUGAGGAGAAGCCUUCUCCUUUCGGCAUAAAGCUGAGGCGGACCAACUACUCUCUGCGUUUUCACAGCGAACAGUCCACAGAGAAAAAGAAGAAACGCUACAGUGCUGGGGACAGCUUUGAUGGCGUCCCUUCGCCUCUUACCCCCAUUGAGCCAGACUCUGAUGCCUCUUCUGUCUUUUCUGACAAAUCAAGCCCCACGUCACCUCAGAAAGAGGGUGCGGUCAGCAAGUAUUUACAUGCAUCUGCCUCUCCUGCUUUCCCCCGGGGUAAACUGACUAAGUCUCCCAGCCCGACUCCACACAGUGAGGGUGAGAAAGUGUUUUCCAAGCCACCGCUCUACCGCAGACCAGUGACAUCACCUAAGCCUACAGGUGCAGCCCCAACACCUCCUCCAUCACCGCUACCUAAGGUAGUUCAUGAGCCUCCCAGUGAUGAUUCAGUGGAGAGUACAAUGGGUGUGGAUCCAUCCAUCCAGGAGCAAGCCGGAAGGAGUGAGGAACCUUCAGCGGUGGCAAUGCUGCACAGGAGCACCCAAAGUCAUGUCCAAGGGGAAGAAGAGCCGAAGGAGAAGAGAUCAUUCUUCCCCUCCAUUAACAUACCCUGGAGAGAGAAGGCAGACAGAAAGACAGAACUUAUCAGGAAAGAAAAACCAUCCCUACAGAGCAGGCACUCACUGGACAGUGCGAGGGUCCAGGAGAAGGAGGCCGGACCUUUGUGGAUCACACUGGCUCUGCAGAAGCAGAAAGGCUUUAGGGAGCAGCAGCAGAACCGGGAGGAGCGUCGUAGCCAAAGAGAGGCCAAGCUUGCAGAAAAACAAGCUAGAGAGCGAGACAGUGUUACGCUGGUGAGCCCCACAGACAGCAAAGGAAGUGGAAACAUCAGUCCUUCUUCUAAACCUCAGACGCCAGAGGAGCCCAAGAGACCAGAGAGCCUCCUGGGAAAAUUUGAACGCCGGGAGCACCUAAAGAAGGCUAACACUCUACCGAGCUCUGUCACUGUUGAGAUUGCAGACUCUACACCAUCUCCACCUGCUGUCAAAGAGGUGUCAAAGCGCUUCCCCUCCAGUGACUCUCCGCAGGUUUCCACAGAGCCUGCCUGGCUCGCUCUGGCCAAACGAAAGGCCAAAGCCUGGAGCGACUGUCCUCAGAUCAUCAAAUAACACCUCAAACCACCAGCUACACACGGGACUCCGGCCUGCAUCGAGACUGCACACUGCCCACAGACUCUGAAACACUUGGAUUGUCACCAUUAACUGUCCCUCCCCUCUGAGAACUCCACCUCUCACAAUGAAAACUCUUCCCGACUGUGAAACCAGUAAAGCUCUCCAUCUCCUCCUAACCCCCCCCAAAUACACUGGCUGGUACUAUUAUCAUGUUAAAGUGCGCUUCACAUUCACUUAAUCCGAUACAGCCGCACAGAUAUAAACAAUUGAUGCGAGCAUGCACAUACUGUAUAAAAACGUAAAUUAUGUCUCUUAAACUCCUGCAGCCAAUCGCAACCAUGGUUGGCCACUGCAAUAGCCAACCUUUUUCUUUUUUUUUUCUUUUUUUUAAAUUGUGUAGCCAACUGUGUCACCAUGGUUGUAAAUAAAUCAUUUGCUCAACACAAUAUAACACUUCUGUAUUAUAGAGGUGAAGCUCUGAUCUAUGACAGUGUUUAAUCAACAGAGGGUAACUGUCUGAAUCAUGUUUUAAGGGCUACCAGUUUAAACUCAGCACGAACCUGCUUCUGGAAGUGUUACAGGCAUCCCCUCUGUCCUUCUUGGCGUUAUUUAUGUAAAGCAGCAGCUCUCUCUCUUUCCUGUAUCUUUUCUCUGAGCCUUGUUUUUCAUCUACAAGAGAUGCCUUUUUUUAUUAACACAUACUGGAAAAUCUUAGCUUAACAAUUCUCACUGUGCCCGUGACGACUGUGAUAGCUGUCCAAGGAGCUAUUGUACAAUUUUGCCAUGAUUUAAAAAGAAAAAAAAAAAAAAAAAAAAAAUGAAACAUGGUGGGUGCACCUAAACACAGCACUGAAGACCACAAGUGUUACUGGGCAUUUAUGGUGAACCUGCACCUCAUCCUCACAGCUGUGUGACGAUGUAAUUUGGAUUUUUUAUUUUUAGGCUUUGCUUAUUGGAGACAGAUGCGACACCUCCUAGCUGUAGACCUACGACUCUUAUAGCUGUCCUCCUGUAACACGCUCGUCUUAGUAGGCUUGCGCCAUCACUUCCUCUUAAAUGUGAUAUGAUCCUACAUAAUGUAAACAUUUCCUCUAUGAAGAAAAAAAAACUUGAUUCUUAUUUCCUGCCACUCACUUAAUGAUCUGUAUCUAUGUAAGUAUGUACUGUAUGUAAGUGGAAGGCAUUGCCAGAGGUUCGGUCAAAAAGAGGGCCCUAAAAGAGGUAGACUCACUGUCAUUUUGUUUCUAACUUUGGUCGUGCACAAUAGUGUAGUGUACGCAGUGUUGUAUGUAACAAAAAAUGUUUGGUAUUAUUUGCACUUUUUUGUCCCACUUACAGAUACGGAAAAAAAAUUCUUAAAGAGAUACAAAAUGUUAUGAAUAAUGUAAAUUAAAUACUGAAGUCUGAA